AGCCUUGGGUGGAAUUUGACAGAAGAUGUUCCAAAAGUUUUAUCUCUGGAAAUGGUUAGCUUCAGGGAUUAUUCUGGGCUCUCUCUUCACAAUCUGCUUGGGCCAAUAUGAUGACGAUUGCAAACUAGCUAGGGGAGGACCACCAGCCACCAUAGUUGCCAUUGAUGAAGAGAGUCGGAAUGGUACAAUUCUUGUGGAUAACAUGCUGAUCAAAGGGACUGCUGGUGGACCAGACCCGACCAUAGAACUCUCUCUAAAGGACAAUGUGGAUUACUGGGUGUUGCUGGAUCCUGUUAAACAGAUGCUUUUCCUGAACAGCACAGGCAGAGUUCUGGAUAGAGAUCCGCCAAUGAACAUACACUCCAUCGUGGUGCAAGUCCAGUGCAUCAACAAAAAAGUGGGCACUGUUAUCUACCAUGAAGUUCGAAUCGUGGUGAGAGACAGGAAUGACAACUCACCCACAUUCAAGCAUGAAAGCUACUAUGCCACAGUGAAUGAGCUCACUCCUGUUGGCACCACGAUAUUUACAGGCUUUUCAGGAGACAAUGGAGCUACAGACAUAGAUGAUGGGCCAAAUGGACAGAUAGAAUAUGUUAUCCAAUAUAAUCCAGAUGAUCCGACAUCCAACGACACCUUUGAAAUUCCCCUCAUGUUGACUGGAAAUAUAGUGUUAAGAAAGAGACUCAACUAUGAAGAUAAGACUCGCUACUUUGUCAUCAUCCAAGCGAAUGACCGUGCACAAAAUCUGAAUGAACGGCGAACCACCACCACCACCCUCACAGUGGAUGUUCUGGAUGGAGAUGAUUUGGGUCCAAUGUUUCUUCCUUGUGUCCUCGUGCCAAACACUCGAGAUUGUCGCCCACUCACCUAUCAAGCUGCCAUACCUGAGUUGAGAACUCCAGAAGAACUGAAUCCUAUCAUUGUUACCCCAUUGAUUCAAGCCAUCGACCAGGACCAGAAUAUUCAACCACCAUCAGAUAGGCCAGGCAUCCUCUAUUCCAUCCUUGUUGGGACUCCUGAGGAUUACCCACGAUUUUUUCAUAUGCAUCCCAGGACUGCAGAACUUAGUCUCCUAGAGCCAGUAAAUAGAGACUUUCACCAGAAAUUUGAUUUGGUUAUUAAGGCCGAACAGGACAAUGGCCACCCUCUUCCUGCUUUUGCCAGUCUACAUAUUGAAAUACUGGAUGAGAACAAUCAGAGCCCAUAUUUCACAAUGCCCAGUUAUCAAGGCUAUAUUCUGGAAUCUGCCCCAGUGGGAGCAACUAUUUCCGACAGUCUAAAUUUGACCACCCCUCUAAGAAUUGUAGCUCUCGACAAGGACAUAGAAGAUACAAAAGACCCAGAGCUUCACCUUUUUCUGAAUGAUUAUACUUCAGUCUUCACUGUCACACAGACUGGAAUCACUCGCUACCUCACCUUGCUUCAACCUGUGGACAGGGAAGAACAGCAAACUUACACCUUUUCGAUAACAGCAUUUGAUGGUGUGCAAGAAAGUGAGCCAGUUAUCGUUAAUAUUCGGGUGAUGGAUGCAAAUGAUAACACUCCAACGUUCCCUGAAAUAUCCUAUGAUGUCUAUGUUUAUACAGAUAUGAACCCUGGAGAUAGUGUUAUACAGCUCACUGCAGUCGACGCAGACGAAGGGUCAAACGGGGAGAUCACAUAUGAAAUCCUGGUUGGGGCUCAGGGAGACUUCAUCAUCAAUAAAACAACAGGGCUUAUCACCAUCGCUCCAGGGGUGGAAUUGAUAGUUGGGCGGACAUAUGCGCUCACCGUCCAAGCAGCGGAUAAUGCUCCUCCAGCAGAGAGAAGGCACUCCAUCUGCACUGUGUACAUUGAAGUGCUUCCUCCAAAUAAUCAAAGCCCGCCCCGCUUCCCACAGCUGAUGUAUAGCCUUGAAAUCAGUGAAGCCAUGAGGAUUGGUGCUGUUUUAUUAAAUCUACAGGCAACUGAUCGAGAGGGUGACCCAAUAACAUAUGCCAUUGAGAAUGGAGAUCCCCAGCGAGUUUUUAACCUCUCAGAAACUACUGGGAUUCUAACCUUAGGGAAAGCACUGGACCGGGAAAGCACUGAUCGCUACAUUCUGAUUGUCACUGCUUCUGAUGGCCGGCCGGAUGGGACCUCAACUGCCACAGUGAAUGUGGUGGUGACAGAUGUCAAUGACAAUGCUCCAGUGUUUGAUCCCUAUCUGCCCAGAAAUCUGUCAGUGGUAGAAGAAGAAUCCAAUGCCUUUGUGGGUCAAGUAAGGGCAACCGACCCUGAUGCUGGGAUAAAUGGUCAAGUCCACUACAGUUUGGGUAACUUCAAUAAUCUUUUUCGAAUCACAUCCAAUGGGAGCAUUUACACAGCUGUGAAGCUUAACAGAGAAGUCAGGGACUACUAUGAACUUGUUGUUGUGGCAACUGAUGGAGCAGUGCACCCUCGUCAUUCAACUCUAACACUGGCCAUCAAGGUUCUGGAUAUUGAUGAUAAUAGCCCUGUGUUCACCAACUCAACAUAUACUGUUGUCGUUGAAGAGAAUCUGCCAGCCGGGACCACUUUCCUUCAAAUAGAGGCCAAAGAUGUUGACCUUGGAGCAAAUGUGUCUUAUCGGAUAAGAAGUCCAGAAGUCAAGCACUUUUUUGCACUACAUCCAUUUACAGGAGAACUCUCCCUUUUAAGGAGUUUGGAUUAUGAGUCAUUUCCAGACCAGGAAGCAAGUAUCACUUUUCUAGUGGAGGCCUUUGAUAUUUAUGGAACAAUGCCACCUGGCAUUGCUACUGUCACAGUGAUAGUGAAGGAUAUGAAUGAUUAUCCUCCAGUAUUUAGUAAACGGAUCUACAAGGGGAUGGUGGCUCCCGAUGCCGUCAAGGGUACACCUAUCACAACCGUUUAUGCUGAAGAUGCAGACCCUCCUGGAUUACCUGCAAGUCGUGUGAGGUAUAGAGUAGAUGAUGUCCAGUUUCCUUAUCCUGCCAGUAUUUUUGAUGUAGAAGAAGAUUCUGGAAGAGUAAUAACUCGUGUCAAUCUUAAUGAAGAGCCUACAACAAUUUUCAAGUUGGUGGUUGUUGCUUUUGAUGAUGGUGAGCCUGUGAUGUCCAGCAGUGCCACUGUUAAAAUUCUUGUCUUACAUCCUGGAGAAAUCCCACGCUUCACACAAGAGGAAUACAGGCCUCCUCCAGUAAGCGAACUUGCAGCCAAAGGGACUAUGGUUGGUGUAAUUUCUGCUGCAGCCAUCAAUCAGAGUAUUGUGUACUCCAUUGUUUCGGGAAAUGAAGAGGAUAAAUUUGGAAUUAAUAACAUCACGGGUGUGAUCUAUGUGAAUGCCCCUCUGGAUUAUGAGACAAGGACAAGCUACGUACUUCGAGUCCAAGCAGAUUCCCUGGAAGUGGUCCUUGCCAAUCUCCGAGUUCCUUCAAAAAGCAAUACAGCUAAAGUGUAUAUUGAGAUUCAGGAUGAAAAUGAUCAUCCCCCAGUUUUUCAGAAAAAAUUCUACAUUGGAGGUGUAUCUGAAGAUGCAAGAAUGUUUGCUUCUGUGCUCAGAGUUAAGGCUACUGAUAAAGAUACCGGCAAUUAUAGUGCCAUGGCAUACAGACUCAUAAUCCCACCAAUUAAAGAGGGAAAAGAAGGAUUUGUGGUGGAAACAUACACAGGGCUUAUCAAAACAGCUAUGCUCUUCCAUAAUAUGAGGAGAUCUUACUUCAAGUUUCAAGUCAUCGCAACUGACGACUAUGGGAAGGGACUGAGUGGCAAAGCAGAUGUGCUUGUCUCUGUGGUCAAUCAGCUGGAUAUGCAAGUCAUCGUUUCUAAUGUACCUCCUACUCUAGUGGAAAAAAAGAUAGAAGAUCUUACAGAGAUUUUGGAUCGUUAUGUUCAGGAGCAAAUUCCUGGUGCCAAGGUUGUGGUGGAGUCCAUCGGUGCUCGCCGGCAUGGCGAUGCUUUUUCUCUAGAAGAUUACACUAAGUGUGACUUGACUGUCUAUGCAAUUGACCCCCAAACCAACAGAGCCGUUGACAGAAAUGAGCUUUUUAAAUUUUUGGAUGGCAAACUACUCGAUAUCAAUAAAGACUUUCAGCCGUAUUAUGGAGAAGGAGGACGCAUCUUGGAGAUCCGGACUCCAGAGGCAGUGACCAGCAUUAAAAAGCGAGGAGAAAGUCUAGGCUAUACAGAAGGGGCCUUGCUGGCUCUGGCUUUUAUCAUCAUCCUCUGCUGUAUUCCAGCCAUCUUGGUGGUUUUGGUCAGCUACAGACAGUUUAAAGUACGCCAAGCCGAGUGCACCAAGACAGCGCGCAUCCAGUCCGCCCUACCUGCAGCUAAACCAGCAGCGCCUGCCCCGGCACCAGUGGCUAUGCCUCCACCACCCCCUCCUCCUCCGGGUGCACAUCUCUAUGAAGAACUUGGGGAUAGCACAAUGCAUAAUCUUUUCCUUCUCUACCAUUUCCAACAAAGCAGGGAAAAUAAAUCAGUCUCAGAAGACAGGAAAGAUCAACACUUUUCUUCCAAUACUUUUGAGGCUCAGAAGCAGACUCAUGUAGAUGGAUCUCUUGAGAACAGCUGGCCCAAGUCAGCAAGAGAAUUCACACUGUUGUCUGAUGAGGACUCCUUAAGCACCCAUAAUACCUUUUAUAAGGAAUAUACAGAUCAAAGACCAACAAAUUCAGGCUUUUCACUAAGAACAGAUUUUGUACAGUCAUUUUUACCCAAAACACAAGCCAAAAAUGAAUUUCUGAGAGGCCCAAGAGAAAAGAUUCAGAGGAUGUGGAAUCGGCCAAUUUGCUUACCUAGGAGACCAAUGUGGGAACUUCCCAAUAGAACAGAAACUGUAGCUCUAAAGCAAUGGCAAAGCACCAAGCAGAAAACUGAGAGUGAAGGCACUGAAACCAAUCCAAACGAAAGAGGUGACAGUAGUCCCUUGGUAACAGUUGAAGAUACAAAUAUAACAGAGAAAGAGCAAAUAAGACAAAGUGAAUCACUGAUUGUACAAGGAACAGAACAGUCACAAUCUCUGUCUUCAGACUCUUCGCUUUCUUCUCCUUGGUCUUACCCCUCAUUCUCCACUUUGCCAACUGUUUCAAGAACUGUGGAACUCAAAUCAGAACCUAAUGUCAUCGUUUCUCCUGCUGAUUGUUCCUUGGAACUUUCUCCUUCAAUGCCUUGCAUUUCAAAUUCUGUGCUCUUUAGGAGAGAGACACCCACUUAUAUGAUGACUCUCAGAAACAAAAGGAACACUUCAGAAAAUCUUCCUCAUCCACUAAAAAUCUCUCCUCCUCCUCCUCCCUCAUCUCCUCCUCCUUCUCCUCCUCCUUUUCCUCCUUCUCCUCCUCCUCCUCCUCCUGUUAUCCCUACUCCUUUUGCUCUUUCCUGUCUUCCUCCUUCUCCUCCUUCUAAUCCUCCUCCUCUUCCUCCUCCUCCACUUCUUCCACUUUCUGUUCCCCCUCCUUCUCCCUCUAUUUUUUCUCCUCCACCUAUUUUACCUUCACUUCCCUCUCUUCCUCCACCAUCUCCUCCUCUUUCUUCCCCACUGCCUCUUUCAACUUCAGCUCUGUCCACCAUGUGUGUGUGUACACCAGCUACUAAACACACUGUCAGUGUGACACCAGCCAAGGAAAUGAAAUCCACUACAGUACAGCUAUCCACAUCAACAACAAUGUGUACUGCAAACCUUCGAAGGGAACCAAAAGGCAUCCUCAAGCAUAUAAAAAACUUAGCAAAACUUGAACAGUCAGUAGCUAACAUGUACAGUCAAAUAGAAAAAAAUAAUCCACCAGCACCCCUCUCAAAACUUCAAAUGAGUUGCCCUUCAGAGACAGCAAAUAUGGAAAAGACAUCUGAACAAAACCAGGAGAAGUUGCACAAUAUUGUUGAGGGAAUUGAAAAACCAUCUCCCAGUCAGUCUACUUCACUGUAAUGUUGCUUUUCCUGUCUUAACUGGACAACUCUUUUGUUGACCAUAACCUUCGAGUGGAGGCAAAACUGAACACUAAAGAAGAUUCUAUUCUUUUACUCUAUACUCAAUGCUAUACUGGUUUUACUCAUUUUUUUAAUUUAAAAGUUUUAAUCUCAUCAUUACUAACUCAUAGGUUUACAUUAAUUUUCUUAACUACGAAGUAGCAUUAUUUGUCUACAUUUAUUUAAAAAGUAAGUAAUUUCCAUCUAUUUUUCA